GCACGGACAAAUAUCAAGUCUUCAACUUUUCUUCUGUUCUUCUCAGUGUCUCUCACUUCCAUUAAGACACUAUCCAUCUAAUUCUCAUGGCAGCCAUGGCAACCACAACCCUAACUUCAAAUCCCAAACUCUCAUUCUUCGACCACAAGCCCACCUCCUUCCAUGGAAAGCCCGUUUCUCAGUCCCGUCUCACACCCACAAAAUGCUCCACCAAACAACCCGCAAUCUCCAUGUCCCUAACUACACCCCCUUACGACUUCCAAUCUUUUAAGUUCCAACCCAUCAAAGAAUCCAUCGUCGCACGCGAAAUGACGCGCCGAUACAUGACCGACAUGAUAACCUACGCCGACACCGACGUCGUGGUCGUGGGGGCGGGCUCCGCGGGUCUCUCCUGCGCGUACGAGCUGAGCAAGAACCCGGCCGUGCAAGUCGCGAUAAUCGAGCAGUCAGUGAGCCCCGGCGGCGGCGCAUGGCUCGGCGGGCAGCUCUUCUCCGCCAUGGUGGUGCGCAAGCCCGCCCACCUCUUUCUGGACGAGCUCGGCGUGGCCUACGACGAGCAGGAGGACUACGUGGUGAUCAAGCACGCGGCGCUGUUCACCUCCACCAUCAUGAGCAAGCUCCUGGCACGGCCCAACGUGAAGCUCUUCAACGCCGUGGCGGCGGAGGACUUGAUCGUGAAAGAAGGGAGGGUUGCCGGAGUGGUGACGAACUGGGCUCUGGUUUCGAUGAACCACGAUACGCAGUCCUGCAUGGACCCCAAUGUGAUGGAGGCUAAGGUUGUGGUGAGCUCUUGCGGGCAUGAUGGACCCUUUGGGGCAACUGGGGUUAAGAGAUUGAAGAGUAUUGGAAUGAUUGAUAGCGUACCUGGAAUGAAGGCCCUGGAUAUGAACACUGCCGAGGAUGCUAUUGUGAGGCUGACCAGGGAGAUUGUGCCUGGCAUGAUUGUGACUGGUAUGGAAGUUGCAGAAAUUGAUGGUGCCCCAAGAAUGGGUCCUACCUUUGGGGCAAUGAUGAUAUCAGGUCAAAAAGCAGCUCACUUGGCGUUGAAGGCUUUGGGGAGGAACAAUGCAAUUGAUGGAACUUGUGGAGUUGGAAGGGAAGAACCUGAACUUAUUUUUGCUUCUGCCGAUACUGAGGAAAUUGUCGAUGCUUAAACUUUAUCAUUACACCUUUUUCUGAUUCACCUGGAACUUUUUAAUUCUGAAAUAAAUAAAGAAAAAAAAUGUGAAUCAUGAAGGAUAAAA